AUGGAAGAUAGAUCUGGAAUACAUGCUCAAUUAGAGCAGCUACAUAGCAAGUAUAAGGGUACGGGAUAUCCGGAUAUAAGCAGAUGUGAAUGGGCGGAUAAUAUACUAAAAGACACGGCAGCCUCAAAUAUUUCACACUAUUCUAGGCUAGCUUACUUUGCAGUAGUAGAAAAUACAACUACUUCUAGGAUACGUUACAGAUUCCUCGAGUCAAUGACUACAACUUGUGUUCCAUUUAGUGAAGAUUUAAUAGAUAAAGAUAAUUAG